UCACUGUCAAUGUGCCAAGCUGCCAACAACCAACCAUACGAGAGGAACGACCUAACAACCUAUGUGCUUGAAGCGAGGUGAGCUAGGGGAUCAUCAGUGCCCAGCGAUGUCGGCCGGUGAGAUGCAGAAGACGGCGUGCGUCACCGGAGGGAGCGGCUACAUAGCUUCAGCGCUCGUCAAGACGCUGUUGGAGAAGGGGUACGCCGUCAAGACGACGGUCAGAGACCCUGAGGACACGGAGAAGAAUGCCCACCUCAAGGAUCUGCAAUCGCUUGGCAGCUUGGAGAUCAUCCGUGCCCGGUUGGACGAGGAAGGCAGCUUCGACGAGGCAGUUUCGGGCUGCGACUACGCCUUCCUCGUCGCUGCCCCGAUGGACUUCGGGUCAGCAGACCCUGAGAGGGAUAUGAUCCAAGCCGCCGUCCAAGGAACCUUGAACGUGAUGAGGUCGUGCGUGAGAGUCGGAACGGUGAAGCGAGUGAUCCUGACGUCGUCGGAUUCUGCGGUCUCCAUGAGGCCGCUGCCAGACGACGUUCGUGUGCUCGACGAGGGCUCCUGGUCCGACGUCGAGUACCUCAGGGCCAACAAACCAGAAACAUGGGCGUACGCAGUGUCGAAGGUGCUUGCUGAGAAGGCGGCGAGCAAAUUCGCGGAAGAGAACGGCAUCAGCCUUGUCACCAUGUUGCCGGUGUUCAUCUUGGGCGCGGCGCCGGUCUCCAAGCCCACAUCAAGCGUCCCUGUCACCCUCUCCCUGUUGACCGGCGACGAGGCACAAAUGGAUAUCAUGAUGGGCAUGCAGUUGACCACGGACUGCGUGCCCAUAAGCCACAUCGACGACCUCUGUCAUGCCGAGGUGUUCGUCGCCGAGAAUGAGUCCUCCUCAGGAAGAUACCUCUGCUGCAGUCACAACACCACCGUCUUGCAACUCGCUCAUCUCAUGGCGGAGAAGUACCCGCAAUACAACAUAAAACUCGAACGCUUUGAUGGGUCCCCAGAGAGGCCGAGAGUGUGUGUGUCGUCUGAGAAGCUCAUCAGGGAAGGGUUUGUGUACAAGUACAAUGAUCUAGGUGCCUUCUACGAUGGACGCGAGUUGUUGUUGGUGGUCCUCCUCAUUCCUCCCUUUGCUACCUCUGCGGUAGAAGGGGAGUUCAAGGUCCGACGGGCUUUGGUUGCUUCAGAUCUAGAGCUUGGAGGGCCAUGACGCUGAUUCUUGCCUUCCGCUGAGUUUCCGUUGUUUGGCCUUCCCUCUAACCCACCCCUCAUCCCCUUCUCUAGCUCCGACGAACCCCUCACCCUCACCCGCACAAUCAAUGUUUGAUUGGCCUUCAGUUGCGAUGCCACUGCCGUGUUGUUGACUAUGGAUCACUCCUGACCGAGGUCUCACAAGUGUCCCCAUGUCUCGCUGGCACUCGCCCCCUCAUCCCCCUCUCGCUCCUUCUUCUCAUCCCAAGUGGACUGACCAAAGUUCCAAUUGCAGGCAACUAGGAAUCAUCUAACGUGUUCAUAGUUUCAUACGGAUACGAUGUCUCGUGGAGAAUUGUAUCCAAGCGAGAUUCUGAAUCUGAUCGCUUUGGUUUGUUUUUUCUCGCCUACGCAUAGCUAGCUUUGGUCUUUACUAUUUGUUGACAUAUUAAUUUUUGUAUACACGUGUUGAUGUUGUCUUUGCACAUACUAACUAUGCCAAGGCUGAGUGUCGCUCAUUAUGUUUUGUAUC